AUGACGGAUAAGAGUACCGCGAAUUACCCCAUAGUGGUCGUGGAUGUGGACGACGAUACGACCGACGGCGAGAACGACGAAGUAUCGACCAUUGUCCGUACGCGAAUCGACACGGCGAGUCCGACAACGUCACCGAUUCGGCCCCACACUCCACUCGAGGAAGCAGUGCACGGGGGCUUGCGGUUGACCCGGACGCGCCGCACUUAUCACGAAACAGCCGCACCCCCGAGCUCCCCCGUGACCGCGUCGUCCCCCCCGUCGACACCACUCUCCUUCACGGCCCAAGCGCCGAAAAAACGAAAGGCACCCGUCGUACACGAACCGUAUUCUGCCGCAGCUAAUAUGCGAGCCGCCAUGGAACUGGCCAAGUACGAAUUGUUGGUGGACCCGUAUCGUGGAAUGACAAAGUUACGAGACGCACACCACGACGAGGAACGGGACGAGACGGAUACGAACGGACACGUGGCUACGUCGCCGUCGCUAGCAACGGUGGAAAUAACUCCCAGGCCCAGUCCCUGGCAAACAUCCUGCGCCGUCGCAAUCCCGGAGAGUGGUGAUUGUAGGAGCCCCACGGAUGAUGGAGACGACAUUGCGAAUUGGGAGGCGGCCGACAUUGUGAAACGUGCUUGUAACUGUUCUUGUCCUUCAUUGACGUCCUGGACCAGCGCAUUGGCUGUCGCUCGCGACAAGAAGAGGAAAAAGUCCAAACACCAACGCAAAGCCAAUUCGACUGUCAAUACACAUGUAUUGGACGGUGAUACGGUGCGGAUUGGGCAACGACCCGAUGGACACGCCGUACGCUGCCCGUGCGAUUAUAAUCCUUUCUGUCUCGUGUCCUUGGGCGGUGUUGUGAACGAAAUUCUCGUCGACCGUUACAAAGAGUUGGAGACCAAAAACGAUCGAGCGGGCAAUGGCGAGGUCGAGGAAGUUGUCGACGACUCCUCUGUCACGAACGAUGCCGAAGGUCCCGUUCAACCAAACAGAAUCAUAUCGGACGCAACCCAAGAAGACAUGAAUGCCGUCCGCCGAAGUAUAUCCGUGAGAGUUGAGCCUAUUCGUAGCUAUCUGGAACAUACCUUGCAAGAUUUGACGCCGGCCCUUACCCUGGAGGACUGCAUCAGCCGUAUUCGAAAACGCCAUGCUGCUCUAAUAUUUGUCAAUCCACUUUUGAAAGAGAAGGCCGAUUCACCCAAGGAUAAUGAUGCACUGGUCAUGUCCAUUCCACCCGGGAUGCAAAACUUGGGCGCCACUUGCUAUCUGAAUACACAACUGCAGUGUUUGGCACAGAAUCUGGUCUUUUUGGAAGGGGUCCUGUCGUGGCGUCCGCCAACGUCCACAGUGGACGGGAAUGCAAACCCCGAUCCCAUUCCCCAAAUGAUUGAAACGUUUCAAUCGCUCCUGGCUUCCAUGCGUAUCGGACCACACUAUGUCUUGAAUACCAAAGACUUUUCCAACGCACUACGCUUGGACCACUAUGAACAACAGGACCCGAACGAGUUCAGUCGGCUCCUGCUUGACUGUAUACAGCAAAGUUUUCAAAGCGCCACGCAACAACGCGAUUUGGCAACCUUGCUGCCCCAUCUUUUUCACGGCAAAACAACCUACACGACCACCUGUCAAGUAUGUCACAAAAUGUCCACCACGACAGAGAACUUCAUGGACGUGACUCUGCCGAUCGUAAAGCCGCUGCGAGAAAAAAGCAUGCCCGGCCAACAAUCGCUUGCCGAUGCCUUUGGUAAAAGCAAAGCAAAAAAGAACCUGCAAAGCUAUGAUACGGAUGUCCAGUAUUGCUGGGAUCGAUACGUUUACGAUAGAAAUCGCGGUACAAAAAAGAAGGUGACGGACAAGGUCCUCUUGCCAACGGAACUAGAAAUUGAGCAAGCGACGACUUCUGCACCUUCAACAUCACCGCAAGUCGAGACGGAGCCCACCAAACAUCGUGGUCAUUACGUGGCUGAAGCGAUGGAUUGGCAAACAGGACAAUGGUUUGAGUUUAAUGAUGCUCAUGUAACUCUGCUGGAGGCGCCCUCAUGCAGUUGGGACCCUUUGUUUGAUAGUGACAGAAGUGACGAUCGCAAGAAAGAUACAAAAGAGACCAAGGCAAAGAAGGGCAGCGAGGAUGCCUACAAUAUGUAUUACGUUGAAGAGUCGUUUUUGGCGCAGAGUGUUUUGGACAGCAUUCGAGAAAUUGAUCCACAGACUGGUGCUUCGAAGUCUGAAUCAGAGGACGGAGCGUCCGCUUUAAAGACAGCUGCCCUGACAAGAUCUGAAUACUUUGCUGAUCUGAGACGUACGUACGGAACGUUCGGUAACUUAUAA